GUGAGAAAUGUAGCAAUUGACAGAUGUCAAGUGUCAACUUGGGGUAUUAUUUAAGAAAUUAUUAAUUUUAUUUUUAAUUUAAACGGCCUAUGCCUUAUUGUUGUGAAUACAAAAUACAAUAUUGACAGAGAAAAUUUAAUAAUGACCGACGAAUAUGCUGCCGUAAAAAGAGGAAAGUUGAUUCUUAAAGGCGACAAACCUAAAGCAAAGAAGCGUAAACAUAAAAAGAAAGAUAAAACAGAAGAAAGUACAGUAGAUGAAGAUUGCAUUAAACAUGGUGGAUGGUGGAAGGCACAGAGAAUCGAAGACAUUUCUGGAUCAAUAGCUAUUGAGUUUGGUAACAAUUGCUAUGUUUCGGCUUUGGACAAUGGUCUAUUUACAAUCGGGGCUCCACAUGAUGAAGGAAGUGGACCAUCCCCUGAAGAAAUCUUUACAGCAUUUCCGGCUGGAGAGAACAAGUUUGCUUUGAAAUCAGGUUAUGGGAAGUACCUGGGUGUGACUAAAGAAGGAACUGUGAUUGGAAGAUCAGAUGCUGUUGGAACUAUGGAACAAUGGGAACCUGUGUUUGAAGACGGCAAAACCGCCAUACUGAGUUCAGUAAACAAGUUCAUGUCGGUGAAUGAUUCUGAGUCAGUGGUGGCAGUGAGUACUACUGCUGGUCACAGUGAGACUUGCUGCAUCAGGAGCUCCCGAGAGCGACACCAGCCACAAGCUGCUCAAGGCCAUGAAGGAGACCUCACUCAGCUUGAAGUAGACUAUGUGAAGAAAUUUCAAAAAUUCCAAGACAAAAAGUUGAAAAUAAACGAAGGUGGUGCUUCGGAACUAAAGAGAGCCAAGGUGGAGGGCAACCUGCAUGAGACGUUACUUGAUAGAAGAAGUAAGAUGAAGGCAGACAGAUACUGUAAAUGAAAUAAAUAUUAAACAUACAAA